GACAGGACUGGGAGCAGUCAAGAGAAAAGUUCCCGGGAGCUCUUCAAACUAGAAAGUUAGUGGAGCUGGUGGCAGAGGUGCGCCUGGUCGCUGUCACCGGCUGGCCCCAGGAUUGUGGAGCACCUGCUUCAGAGAGGACGCUGGAGACAACUUGUGAAGCCUGCCCUCAUCCCUUACCUGCUUGCCAUCUUCCUCUUCGUAGACCCCUCCUCCCUCUGCUGCGAGGAGAAGCUGACCUCACUCGGGCACCAGGUAAACUUCCAGGAGAUCAUGGCCUACAUGGGAGACUGCAAGUGGGUGUCCUGGCUCCCGGUGCUGGUGGUGUCUCUGAUGUGCUCAGCUAAGGCAGAGGACUCCAGCUGUGGCGAGAAUGAGUACCACAACCAGACUACUGGGCUGUGUCACCAGUGUCCUCCCUGCAGACCAGGGGAGGAGCCCUACAUGUCCUGUGGAUACGGCACCAAAGAUGACGACUAUGGCUGUGUGCCCUGCCCUGCAGAGAAGUUUUCCAAAGGAGGUUACCAGAUAUGCAGGCGCCACAAGGACUGUGAGGGCUUCUUCAGGGCCACUGUGCUGACACCAGGAGACAUGGAAAACGACGCUGAGUGUGGCCCAUGUCUCCCCGGCUACUACAUGCUGGAGAACAGACCCAGGAACAUCUAUGGAAUGGUCUGCUACUCCUGCCUCUUGGCACCUCCCAACACCAAGGAAUGUGUGGGAGCCACCUCUGGCGUUUCUGCUCACUCCUCCAGCACUUCUGGGGGCAGCACCUUGUCCCCCUUCCAGCACGCUCACAAAGAGCUCUCAGGCCAAGGACACCUGGCCACCGCCCUAAUUAUUGCCAUGUCUACCAUCUUCAUCAUGGCCAUCGCUAUCGUCCUCAUCAUCAUGUUCUACAUCAUGAAGACUAAGCCUUCAGCUCCAGCCUGCUGCACCAGUCCCUCAGGAAAGAGCCCAGAAGCCCCAGCUAGCACACAUGAAGAGAAAAAGGAGGCUCCAGACAGUGUGGUGACUUUCCCUGAGAAUGGUGAAUUCCAGAAGUUGACAGCAACGCCCACGAAGACUCCCAAGAGUGAGAACGAUGCCUCCUCUGAGAACGAGCAGUUGCUGAGUCGCAGUGUGGACAGUGAUGAGGAGCCAGCCCAGGACAAGCAAGGGUCCCCAGAGCUAUGCCUGUUGUCGCUAGUUCACCUGGCCAGGGAGAAGGCUGCAGCCAGUAACAAGUCUGCUGGGAUCCAAAGCCGAAGGAAAAAGAUAUUGGAUGUAUAUGCCAACGUCUGUGGUGUUGUUGAAGGUCUCAGCCCCACAGAGCUGCCCUUUGAUUGCCUUGAGAAGACAAGCCGGAUGCUCAGCUCCACGUACAACUCUGAGAAGGCGGUCGUGAAAACGUGGCGCCACCUUGCCGAGAGCUUUGGACUGAAGAGGGAUGAGAUUGGGGGCAUGACUGAUGGCAUGCAGCUCUUUGACCGCAUCAGCACCGCAGGCUACAGCAUCCCCGAGCUGCUCACAAAGCUGGUGCAGAUCGAGCGGCUGGAUGCUGUGGAGUCCUUGUGUGCAGACAUACUGGAGUGGGCUGGGGUUGUGCCACCUGCCUCCCCGCCCCCAGCUGCAUCCUGAGGCGAGUGCCUUGGACUGUCCUCCCUGGUACCUGUUGGGGAUCCAAUGAGGCCACUGCAGCUGUGAGCGAUGCCAUCGGACUGCCAAGACUCAAGGCUUUUCCUGGUGGGUUGCUGUAUUCCUUAGGCUACCCUAAGGAGCCUGUUGAGCACACAAAUGAACAUGUGGGGAUGACACAGGUGAAGAAUCUGAUCCUGCCUUUAAGGAGACACUUAGAAGAGGGAGACAGAGGGUAUGCUACAGACCAUAUCAGCAGAACAGCAAAUAGGCUAAAUGGAGGGAUGCUAAGAAAAUGUAGCAAGAGUUCUAAGGAGGAUGAUGGCUUCUCAUGGAGUUGAAAAAUGGGGACAUCCUUAUGAAGGUUUUAGGAAAAUGGUUACGAAAUGCAGACAGCCCACUUUCUGCAUUGCUUCAGAAUGAGCGUUUUGUUGGUGUGCUCUAGGGUUUCAGGGGCAACUUGACCUGUGUUUGCAGCUGCCCACAAUGAUAUAAGCCUUGCCGUCACUAGUGGAAGCACUUGGGGUGUGUCACUGACACACAAAUCAUGUCUGCCCAGCCAAACAGAAGUGUGGGCAGAUCUGGCCUCCAGUGUUACUCACAGACACAGCAGUUACAAUGUGUCAGGUUUUCACUUCAAACAGGUGUGACUUCUCUCUAGAAAGGGAAAUGGCGUGGCUUCCUUUGUCCAUGCCUGAUUCUAGACUCCAGAAACAGCCAAGCUUCGUGGAUGAGGCUUGUGGGAGUUCAGACACAGCGGUCUGAGCCAGUGAGGGAUAGUGAAGCCUGAGGGGCAGUACACACCUAGGGGCCGGAAUCCUGGCCAUGGUGGAGUCAUCCCAGGGAACUGUCGUCUCCUCCCCCAGACUGGGCUUCUUCUCUUCUGCAAAUGAGAGCUUGGUCUUCAUGUCUGCAGUCGGGAAAGUUAAGGCUCAGGUGAGCAGAAGACAGGCGAGGCCAGGGAAGCCUCCAUGGGGGUAAAUACAUUAUGGGCAGUCACACAGAAUGGGAGUGAAAGGGAAACUCAUGUCGGGCAUUCUUGUGUAAGGGCAUAGGAUAGAGCAUUUACAGCCAGGAAGCUUAUAAAGAGGAAUUGCUCUUGGCAGAUUCUCUUUCCUGCCAGGGGGUUAAUGCCCAGCUGGCUGCUGGGUUCCCUCCUGAAGUGCUCACUGUAGUGAUUGAUAAAUUACAGAACAGCCUCUGGUUUAGAAAGCUGUGGGGUUUUUUUUGCUUUUGUUUUUGUUUUUAAUUACAAGUCAUAUGACAGAACGAAAGUUUUUGGGGUGGGAGUCAGUUGUAUGUUUAAAGCCAUCAAGCAGUUUCCCACCACUGAAUAUAGAACAUACUGUGAGAGGACUAUAAUUAGGUCCUGAAUAUUUAAUAUGAUCAUUUUACUGUGUCCAUUUUUGCUGUUUUUUUUUAAAGAAGGUAUUUCUUGUAUCCUGCAAGUUAAAUAGUCUGUUUAAUUAUCCUUUUAAUUCCUCCUCGAGAUCCUGCAGUGCCCCUUAUCCUGGUCUUCAGUAAUGAUGUUGAGCUUCCUCUUAAUUAGACUGUAACUGUCAUCUGUGAUGAGUGAGCAGGGCUAGGACAGCAGCAGGCUCCUCUCCUCCCGACUGUCGCUCUGGUGAAGAAUGGGCAGCUGCAGGCGGCAGUGUGGGCUGGCCUCAGCUCACCCUCUUAGAUUUCAAGACUUGAGGGCAGCCAGCAUCCGUGUUGUUCCAUUGAUUCGCAGCUUGCUGAUUUAGGGGAGCUGGUCCCUUUGUCAUUUACUUUAUUUGGCAAUAGAUCCAGGCAGGGUUUGCUUCAACGAGCUUUGCCUAUGCUGCAGAGAUCAGAACCAAUGAAAUGGUAAUGAUUCUCACUGACCAGUGCUGGGACUCCAUGCUGCCAUUUUUGGCUGGAGACUGCCAUUAUUUUUCAGUACUUAAAGGUAUUUAGUAAACACCCAGGCUAGGUCUGAGGCCCUUAGCCAGUGAAGUCAUAAUUGUGAAUAUUUUAUGUAAUUGUGUUUAUGUAAUUUAUUAUAUUUUUAUAAGCUCAAUAAACAUGUUCA